AUGCCACCGGCCGAUUCGCAAGCUCUCAACAACAACAACAACAACAGCCUUUCGUCCGUCGACCUCGAUUUUGCGCCCGCUGGCGGUGACACACACGGCCACCCGCCGCACUCCGACCCUGCCGCCUUCCAAACCCACCCUCUCGACAAGCUGGAUACCUCCAAUGACGCGCUGGGCAGCAUCAAUGCUGCCCACGACUUGGUCGAUGGCCAUUAUGCCGAUUUCCAGUUCCACUAUGACGACGACCUAGAUGGCUCGCCCAUGACCGGCCUCGGCUCCGCUACUUUCGACGACCAUGCCCCUGAUGUGUUCUCGACAACUCCCCACGCACCGUCCAUGGACUCGAUCACGGUACAGACCUCGACCUACAACAACAACAACAACAACAACGGCGCUAACACCGGGAACGGUGGACAGCGGCAGCAGAGCAUGGAUAUGUCCGAAAGUAAUACCCCGGAUAGCAAUCAAAAUGCCGGUAAUUCGCUUGAGGAAACAGUGGAUGAAUUUGGCCUUGCGACUGCUAGCUCGGUUGAUGGCUCGGCGCCAAAGGGCAAGGGGGACAAAACGGACAAUACGCCCGCAUGGAGCGAGCUCAAGACAAAAGCCGGAAAGGAACGAAAGCGUCUUCCACUGGCUUGUAUAGCAUGUCGACGCAAAAAGAUCCGGUGUUCCGGCGAGAAACCCGCGUGCAAGCACUGUCUCCGAUCGCGAAUCCCGUGUGUCUACAAGGUCACAGCUCGCAAGGCCGCACCACGAACCGACUACAUGGCUAUGUUGGACAAGCGACUAAAGCGAAUGGAGGAACGGAUUAUCAAGAUCGUACCAAAAUCUGAGCAGGAGGGUGCCUCUACCGUUACCAGGGCCGUGGUCAAGCCUGCCAUCCCGGGGACAUUGAACAACAUGAAGCAAGCCAACAAGAAGCGCGGCGCUGACGAAGCAUUCGGCUCGGACUUGGAAAAUUGGGCUCGCGGGCCUUCAAAGACCAAGAUUGACGCGCCGAACAGGACUGCUACGAUCCACAUCCAGGAGACCGAGGAAAGCAAGCUAUUGCUGGAAGGCGGGGAUGCGUUGCCAUCCAAGGAAAUACAAGAACACCUUGCCGAAGUUUACUUUGAAAACAUCUAUGGACAGGCCUACCACCUUCUUCACAAACCGAGCUUUAUGAGGAAGCUGAAGGCCGGCGCUUUACCCCCCGUCCUAAUCCUCUCUGUCUGCGCCAUUGCGGCACGUUUCUCGCAUCAUCCGAAACUGAACUCAAGUCCCAAUUUCCUCCGCGGCGAAGAGUGGGCGGCCGCAGCCCGCGAUAUAGUGACAAAGAGAUAUGAAUGGCCCAAUAUCACCAUUCUCACAUGUCUGCUCAUAUUAGGUUUACACGAGUUUGGCACAUGUCAUGGUGGCCGUAGCUGGUCAUUGGGUGGCCAGGCCAUCCGUAUGGCCUUUGCACUGCAGCUUCACAAAGACCUGGAGCACGAUCCCGUCCGACAAGCAGGGAACACACAACUCAGCUUCAUCGAUCGCGAGAUCCGAAGGAGGACCAUGUGGGCAUGUUUUCUAAUGGAUCGCUUCAACUCUUCAGGCACAGACCGGCCCACGUUCAUAAGGGAGGAGACGUUACGGGUCCCGCUGCCUAUCAAGGAAAAGAACUUCCAGUACGACAUGCCAGGUCCAACAGAAACCCUGAGUGGCGAGGUGCUGGGACCACUUUUAGAAGACCAAGAUGCUUCAAUGGCCAGAGAUAACCUGGGUGUUGCGGCCUGGAUGAUCAAGGCAAUCUCUCUCUGGGGCAGAAUUAUCAACUAUCUCAACCAAGGAGGCAGAGAGUUGGAUCCUCAUCCUAUGUGGAGUCCCGAAUCCGGUUACGCUAAACUCAUUAAACAGACAGAGGAUAUUCUGACCGAUUUGCCCGACUCUUUACUAUACACACCCGACAAUCUACACCUGCACGAAACUGACAACAUGGCCAACCAAUUUCUGUUUCUUCACAUCGCGAUUCAACAGAACAUCUUGUUCAUGAACAGGUUUGCUGUUUCAUCCCCUCGGGGUCAACCGGACCAGGAAAUCCCCAAGGCUUUUGUGACGAAAGCAGGCGCCAAAGCAUUCGCUGCUGCUAACAGGGUAUCAGAGCUGUUGAAGGAUGCUGAAUCACACUUUGUAACUGCUCCCUUUACAGGAUAUUGUGCCUUCCUGUCCAGUACCGUGCACAUAUUUGGAAUUUUUUCGGGUAACCCAACGCUAGAGGCAACAUCGAAGCGCAACCUGGCUACCAACGUCAAGUUCCUAUCCAAGAUGAAGAAGUACUGGGGCAUGUUCCACUGGAUGUCAGAGAACCUACGGGAGCAGUACCGGACCUGUGCCGAUGCUGCCAGGCAGGGUACACCCGCAAACGAGAACCCGACAUCCAUCUUCCAAUACGGCGACUGGUUUGACCGUUAUCCCCACGGUGUCUCGCAGUCCGACUUUCUCGACCCCGCCAUCUACAAGAAGAAGGAGAAAGGCGACGAUGCAGUUCUGGAACAGAAGCCCGAGCUGCAUACAGUCGAGGAGUUCUUCACCACGCUCUCCCCACAAGCCGGCGGUGGGGACGGGGGUAGCGUGAACGGGUCAACAGCAUCACGACAGCAGCAACAAGCCCAACAACAACAACAACUCAAACGCAAAGCCAUGACACGCAAAAUCAGCGGCCUACCACAGCAGAACCAUCCCAACGGCCCCGACCCCAUACAAGCCGAAUUCUCCCCACAUCAACAACAACACCCUCCACCAACCGCCGAACAAAUCCACGCCGCUCGCCUGCAACACCAACGCAACUUUUCCGGCGCCGGCCCCUCACCCAUCCAAACCAGCGGUCCACCCGGUUCUUUCAACUCCCUCUCCGUCCAAGCUCAACAACAAGCGCACUUCUCCCCCGUCUCCCCCGUCGGUGUCUCCCACGCCCACCUUUCCCACCACCAUCCUGGCUCCUUCUUCCCUCCCGACCCCUUCUCCCUCCCCGCCCACCUCGGCGCCGCUCACGCCCACGGCAUGAGCCACCUGGACCGACAGCUCGUCUUUGGCGCCUACGGCGGUCCCACAUCUGCCGGCUUACAUCAUGAGCCAGGGCUGGUAGGCGGCGGCGGCGGCGGCAGUGGUGGUGGCGCUGGGGGGUGGGGAGGGGGGCAUGAUAGUGAGAAUGGGAGGGAUGGUCCAGACGGGUUGCAUGCAGCGUUCUCGAACGAGCCGAGCUCGGCGUGGUUCAUGCCGUUUAAUAUGGAGCCGCCGGAGAUUGGGGGGGAUACGCUGGGCGGUCUUGGAGGAGCAUUAGGCGGUGGGGGGUUGGAUAGUUUUGCGGGGAUGUUUGGGGUGGGUGCUGGCGGAGGUGGUGGCGGUGGUGGUGGUGGGGGAAUGGGAGGGAUGCAUCAUGGGCAUUAAGUGGGGGAAAACGAUUUCCUUUUUCUAGAAAGGAUGAUGAGUUAUGAGUGAUACAGGAAGGAUGGAUGGACCGGGCGAAUUUUGGACAACGGCCAAUUUCUUUUUUGGGAUAUCCGGGACGAACAACAACAACGAUCGAUGCCACUGGUAGUGUGAUGUAUACAUGAUACCUUUUUUUUUU